ACGAAUCGGACGAAGGAUCACUCUCUUUCUUUCAUAUUGUCUCUCUGAGAAAUAAGAAAAAAACAAUGGGGGUAUUCACAUUCGUGUGCAGGAGCAGCGCCGGGCAGUGGUCUGCGAAACAGUUGGAGGGAGAGAUAGAGAGUUCUGCUGCUUCCACCUACGAGCUCCAGAGGAAGCUUGUCCAGGCUGCCGCCUCCUCCGAUUCCUCUGGCGGCGUCACCUCCUCUUUCUCUCUUAUAACCCCUAAUUCUGCUGUUUUCCAGGUGAUUAUUGGAGGUGGUGGAGGCGGAGGCUUCAUAGGAGGUGGAGGUGCUCCUGGUGCUCCUGGUGCUCCUGCUGGAGGCGCUGCCGCAGCCGCCGAAGCCCCUGCAACUGAGGAGAAAAAGAAGGAAGAGAAAGAGGAGAGUGAGGAUGAAGAUAUGGGAUUCUCGCUUUUUGAUUAAAUGCUUUUACUGCUUUUCUGUCUGUCUAGUUCUUAACAAGUUAUUGUUACGUUUACAUGUUUCUUUUAUACCCAAAUAGUGAUUUAGAUUUGGACGACAUUGGGUUUGAGUUGGGAAUUUGGCAUUUUGGAAGAUGAAUUUGACAAUUUAACAAUUAUGUGGUUUCUUUCUUGUUGAGCUUCUAUGUUAAAAGUCUGGUUUUGUUUCA